CGGCGGUUUGUCCCCGCCCCUCGCGCUGCGAGAAAAUGGCGGCGGCGCUCCGGGUUGGCGUCAGGGCCGCGCCGCUUCUCCGGGAAGGCCGCAGGCCACGCCAGGCCCCUCCGCCGCGCCGGGAAGGGCCCGAGGAGCAAGGAGAGGCGCCCCCGCCGCCGCCCACCCUCCAGCCCGAGCGAGAGUUCAUAUUCAGAGCACCCAUAACAUUAAGCAAGCCUGGAGAGCUUCGUGAAGAAUAUAAAAGCCAGCUGCAAAAGUUGAGAAGUGAUCGCUUUCCGGAGGAGAGGACAUCUGAGGAUCUUCUUCAUAGGCUGAUUGUUGAAGAGGCCGAUGCAGGGAGGAGGAAGGCAGAAGAGCAGAAGAAAGAGGAGUCCUUUGCAGUCAGAAUGACCCAAGAGCAGUUUCCGGAAUGCCUUUCUGAUUCUGAGAAUGAGGAGCCAUUUCAAGACAAGUCUGCACACCGGUCAGCUUUUGUCUCCAAGGGAAGCACCUUCUCAGGCGCGUUGCUGGCAGGAAACUUGAGCUCUAAAGUAGAAAGGAGCCAGAGUUGCAAUGAUACCCUUCAGGAAAGAUCGAAGAGCCGGCAGAGAUCAGCUCCUGUCAGAACAAAGGUGAACCUGUUGGUGAGUGCCUCUACCCCGCUGAUGGGCGUGCUCUCCUCCACCUGGAACAGCCGCUGCCUCUCUGCCCCUGACUUGACCGCAGAUAAGCGUCUUGUCCUCGGUGCGGCCACGGCUUCUUCACUCUUCCUCCUCCCAAAGCCAGAGCGGUCCAUCAGCCCCGAGAGCAACGACAGCAUCUCCGAAGAGCUCAAUCAUUUCAAGCCCAUCGUCUGCUCGCCCUGCACGCCUCCCAAACGUCUUCCCGACGGCCGGGUCUUAAGUCCUUUGAUUAUCAAGUCCACUCCCAGGAAUCUGACCCGGAGCCUGCAGAAGCCCACCACCUACGAAGCAAGUCCCCGGAUUCUGAAGAAAUGGGAGCAAAUAUUCCAGGAGCGCCAGAUUAAAAAGACUCUCUCCAAAGCGACCCUGACGUCCAUUGUCCCUGAGAUGGGGGAAGAUUUUGCCGUUCCGAGGGCAAAUUCUUUGAUCAAGGACCCACCGGCUGAAUCAGACCGUUUCCCUUCCAAGACGGACUCCUCUUGCAGUUUCAGGAGAGGCUUAGGCACAGGGACUGCAGGUCCAGCAAAACUCAACAAGAACCCUCUCAAUGCCAGGAUUUCCGAGACCUCGGACACAAAAUCGGCCCUGGCCCUGGCGGGCUCUUGCCUGAAUAUUGAUGCCCAAAUGGUGCCCCGAAAAGUCAUCAGGGUCAAUGCAACAUUUCCGGAAAAUGGGGCCCGAGGCCGAUCCCUCAAGGCAUCCAGGGGAAAGAAGAAGCAGCAGCAGCUGAAGUACCUGAAUGACAGCGAACUGACCAACUUCCCAAACGGCCUGUGCCUCGAGAGAGCAGUGGGCGAGGACGGCCCGUCGCUGAGGCGGGGGCGGAAGAGGCAGUGCAAGAUGAAGCACCUAGAGCAGGCCGGCUCCGUCAAGAGACUCCGGCAGGUGGCCUGCAACGCAGGGCUGGCGGCCCCCGAUCUCCUGCGGAGGAAGAGGCGGAGAAUGGAGAGGAAGGCCCAGCAGGAAGAGGAGGACCGGCGCCUGGCCCUGCAGCUCCAGCGGAAGUUUGACAGCGAGAACCGGACUGUGGCCCGGCAGAGGGGGCGAGCCGACCAGUAUUUCCUGCGGUCAAAGAGCACCACGACAGGCGCCAAGUAGCACUUCAGAGAACAAUGUUGCCUUUUCUAGAAUAAUGUGAGGUUGAGAUAAAAGCAAGAUCUGGGAAAGUGAAAGGACCGUUCUCUCAAUCUCCCCUUCCCCACCCUAUAUCUGCAUUUCUCUUGUGGGUAAGGUGAGCGUAAAUGUUUGGGCCUCUCUGUCUUCCCACAUAAGCCAUGCUUCAUCCUGAAUAUCCUUCUGAGGUGAAAACUAGUCCUUCUUAGAAGUAGGCUGCCCAGAUCCGGAAGGACAUCCGCACAAGGCUGCUCUAGGCAGGUGGGAGGCAGGCACUUCUCAAGGUGUGGUUUAUGGCCCACUUUCUGGGAGUAGACAUCACUUUGGAACCGCUGUUUUUGUGAUUCCUUACUGUGUCCGUUUCAAAGCGCAAAUGCAACCUUAAAUUGGGGGGGGGGGGGGUGUCCAGAAACAUAGAAAUGUAUUUCAGUAAUCAUGUAUUAUUGAGCAUUCAGAUAUAAGGACAACUACUUAUUCUGAAACUAAACCAAUCACCACUUUGCAGAGAGAAUAUGCAAUGAGUGAAUGGGGAGUGGCUGUUCAGCCAGUAUGGGGAUUCAUUCCAGCUCAUCUCUGUGUUUUCUUGAAGUUUGUCCAAACCUGUCCUUAAGUUAGAGGACCCUAAUGCAGUAGGUGACCAAUAGUCCAGAACCAAUGUGCAGAACUAGAGACAGAGAGGGAAAGAUGCUCCCCUCUCGCUCUCCUCCUGCACCCUGCUCUUCCUUUGGGCUAACUGAGACUUUAGCCACACUCCUAGUGGGCCAGACUGGACUGGAGAUAUUAGCUAUCAGUGCAGGUCCCAGUAUUACUCUGGGAACAGGAUAUAUGGGCAAGGAUAUAGUGUGAAUGGAAUGGCUGUCCAGCCGGUGAGAAAACACCUUUUAACUCCUGUCGGUCUUCAGUUUUUAAAGAUUGCACAGUUUGAACACUGUCCCUUCUCUAGCACAGAGAAACUGUCCUUUUCAUAACAUUUUUGAGCCAAGGGUCCAUUAGUGUUGACUGGCCACCAAUUUAUUCCAAGGCCUACAUUUAUUUUUGUGGCUUUUGUGUCUCUGGACCUUUCUCAGAUCUUCCUUGUGAGAAUUCUAAAAUGGAAAUGUUUUUGAGUCCUCAAAGGUGGCCACUUGAUUCACCCAGCUACAGACCCAACAUGGUAGGCACGGUCCAUCGGUGUCUUUUUCUAAGCUUUCGUUGGCACGAUGGAUCAGUGUUGUGAGAGCUGUUCAAAAGCACACAAAUAGCAUUAGAAGUAAAUAAGGGGAAACUGAAUGCCGGAGAUGGGUGGAAGUCAAAGGGUGCCAGUGCAGGUGCCACCCAGGGGCAAAUUGGACUUUGUGAGAGGGAUGAAGCAAUUUGCUGAUGCGUCAGGAAGCCAUGAGGCUGUGAACUUUUCUUCCUUUUUAUCACAGGCUGAUAGGGAUGAUGGGAAUGAGACACACUACAAGCUAGAGUUAGGGAAACUAAUAACCCCAGUCCUCUUCUUUUCUCUAUAGAGUUGUCUGUAACCAGGGCUGUUGAAUAUAGCACACUUUGAACCAUGUUCUUCCUCCUUCCCCGAUAUCCAGCAGAGAGACCUUUGGGGAUAUGCAUUAUUUGUGCAAGUCUGCAUUGGCCAUGCAAACUAUUGAAUGUAUUAAAGGCCUUUGUAAAGAAGCAUGGGCCUUGAACUAUUGCCGUUGGUUUACCAGUAGUUUCUCAAACACCCCAGGAGGUUUGGCUCCAUAGUUGCCCACAUGAUAAGCAUAAAAUGUGCCCAGCGCCUGGGUCUUCCUUGCCCUCGUGGUCCUGUUCACAGUGUGGCCCUUGCUUCCUCUUUUCCUUUGCUGAAAUCUGCUGCUACUGGUAUCCGUGAAUAUCCAGCUUUCUGCAUAUCAACUCAUCUCUGCGAAAGUUGAUUGUUUUCCCAAAUGGGGUUCUGCUUAUGACUCCAUAGGGUGGUCAAAAGGGGAAGGGGCUACUGUUUUAUGACACGUAUCCGACCCUGGAAAGGUAUUUGGACCAUAAGGGGCGGGUGGGGGAUUUUGAUGGAUAAAUGAAUGUCUGCAACUGCCAAAGACACAAGCAGAGCCUGAAAGUCCGCUCCUUUCUCUGACUCUGAAUUUCCAAGUUCUAUGUCGGAUAGGUCGACGGUGGGCUUCCAUAAAGAAAUGAAGUGAAAAGUGCCAAAAAAUUGAUUGGAUACGAUGAUUGUAUUGCAUUUUUGUUAUGCGCGCAGCAGUGUUGUGUUUUAUUCUGAGACAUUGUGGGGCUGCUGUCUGUCUUGGAGGACGGGCAGAGCUUUGUCCCAGUGCCCUCAGUGAAGCAGGAGGGAGAGGAACGUACAAGCCUUAAAGACUGCCUCCUGCGUUUUUGUAAUGAACAGGGACCGGCCUUUGGCGAUUGCUCACGAUUGCUCUUUGGAUUGCGGCCACGUCAUGGUUUCCUUGGUGGAAGAUGCUGCCCUUCCAGUGUGCUUUCCGAUUUCAGAGAGGACCAUAUAACAAUCUCUCAAGGGGACAUUCCUCUCCCAAGCUUUGAAUGUGGAUGUGAGUAUCCCUCAAAACACAAGUUUGGUUUGAGGUUUCGUGUCCUGACUCAUCUCCUCGGCGAAGGUCAGAACUGCACUAUUGCUGACCCAAUUGGCCCGUCCAUCUUAUCGGCAUCCAGUGGGAAACAUUCUUCCUUCUGCAGCUAUUUCCAAACGCUGGUAUAGGAAUAGCUUGCUCACUAUGCAAACGGACAGCAACACUUUUUGGUUGCGGGCGGCCGAUGGGAUUUUGUGUCCGUCUGGUUUCUCUGGUGUCGAGACAGUUCCAAGGGGAAGUAAAACAAUAGUUAUGGCUGUAUUCCAUUCCUUCCCCGACUUCCUUCCACCUCGGUAUGCUUUAAAUACUCCUGUGCUUUCAUGCGUAUCCUUUGGCUCCUCGGUACUUGAGAACCAGCGCCGUACAAAACAAAGCGUCGUUUUUUGAGAUCACAACUGAAUCACUGUGGCUUCGUCAGAUUUUUUUUUUCUUCAUAAAAACAAAAUCUGUUUACUGAGAAA